CUUAAAGGUUAAUAGUCUACAGUCUAUAUUGAUGGCCUCAAUUUUACCUUGAAAAAUCAAUACUUGUGAUAGUGCAUUUGUUGGUUAUAUUUUCCAUUGUUCUUGAUAUUUUGUUUUUUAGUCUUUAUAUUUCUAUUGAAGGAAUCUAAUUUACAUUUUUAAAAAAUAAUAAUUGAGAGAACAAAUCAAAAGUGAGCUUGAGUCGGCCAAUGUUGUGUUUGGAUAUGAUACCUGCACAUUUGAGGACAGAGUGAUUUCAACCAGAGACAUGGGCAAGAAGCUCAAUCUGACUCACUUGAGUGAGGAGGAAGUCAAUCAAAUCAUGGGAGUGAUUCAGAAAGAUUUUCAAGUGCGACGAGAAGAGAAAAAGAAAGUUAGCGAACUGCAGACUGAACUGGUCAAAGAACAAACCAAGAUCCAAGUGCUCAAGGAAAGGCCGGAGUUCAAUUCCACGCACUGCAUAAUUUGUCUGGAGACAUUUGGGCUUUUAGUCCGCAGGAAGCGCUCCUGUUAUAAGUGCAAGGUCAAGGUCUGCUCCAAGUGCUCUGUUCCCAGGCCCAAAAAGUCUGGCCAGUUUGUUUGUCCAGUCUGCAUUAAAGAAAAAAACUUCCAGAUCUUGUCCAACCAAUGGCUGUAUGACAGCCACACUGUCUCUGACAAACAUUUUGGAAGUUCUCAAGUCGUCAGAUAUCUGUAUAAGAAAAAUUCCUUCAGUACUUCGGACACUGACGCAGACAGCGGUUACCUCCCGUCAGCCUCCAACUCAACCAGUGCCCACAGAAAACAUCGCCCACGAUUGGAUGAAGUAUUUGACAUACGAAUGACAGAUGACUCAUCGACAGAACUUGACCAUCGGCAAGCUAGACAAGAUCAGCCCGUCUCAAGAGCUGUCUCUCUUGAGAGCCUUGUGGGCCAAGGCCAGCAAACCCGGUCCGUGACCCCUGUUGCCACUCAAACCACAGACCUAGGGAAGCCGACCUACUUGGAUAGCGCCACCGGCACAGACGUAGCGCGCGAGUCCCGGGUGUCUGCCGCAGUUGGUACCGAACAGAACGGCGACGUCCGGAGGAGGCAUCGGAGCUCAUCUGCCGGAAGAGAACCAAGACAUAAGACUCCAGAAUUGGGCGCUGAGCGUAACAGACGCAAGGACAAAGACACAGAAGUUCUCUACAGAGAAGCUCUUGAAAGUGCCAAGAGGGCAGAAGAGUUCAAGUUCAGGGUCAAAUUUGACCAUCUUCUGGUAGAGCUCCAUCAGACAAUCCAUGACAAGGAUGGAUUAGCUUCCUGCUUCACAUCACCUGCCUAUGGGGAGGUGAUGCUGAUAUUUAGAGACAAAGUCAAAGAACUACUGAAAAGUUUUACACAAAGACUAACUCUUGCUCAUGAAAGUUUUGAUCCCAAUGCAGCAUUAGAAACAACUGUGCAGCGAGUCAAGCAAGAUGUUUCUAAGUUUAUAGAAGAUCUGAUUGGUGAAACUUUAGAUCUGACAUCAGAGGAGGCUGUUUCUGAUCUAUCCUCUCUCUCUGAUGAAGCAAUUAACGACACAAACUCAUUUGAAGAUCUCAAAGCUCAGGCUGUUGUUACCAAGCUAUUGGAAAAUCAUCGCCGGGAGGUUAGUGGCCUAGCCGAUGAAGUAAGCUCUCAUUGGAAAAUAAUUGGAAAUUCAAAUCAUAUAAAUAGUCAUGAACACCUUGAACAUAAUAGCAUCAGUGGCACUGGCAGCCUCAUCACUGACAGUCUUGUGAAUGGCUACCACAACUCUGAGAAGGCAAUCCUGCCAGUGAGAAACUCCCUUGUACAUAAAACAGAUCUUACAAAUGAUUCACAAACUGUCCAUGACAAUGUCCAGUUACUAAACAAUAAAAACAGUUCACAAGAUAACUUUCAUUCUGUUGACAAACCUGAUGAAAAUGAUGCUUUGGAUGAGACAGACAAUAAUAAUCAACACGAUGAAGUUGACAUCGAGAAAGAUUUUGAGGAGCUGAAAGAGUUUGUGCGUAAAACCCAAACUGCUGUCCGGCCCAAGGUAGAAGCUGUUGAGUUUGAUGACUCACAGCUCUGUGAGGUGAGAGAGGAGCCACUUGCCCAGUCAAAGAUUGACCACAAUGAAACCAGGGAAGAGUUCCUGACCAGGUACUCUGUUUUUGAUAAAGUCCACAAUACAGAGACAGACUUCUCCCAGUUUGAGAACAUUGACUUCUUCUCCAAUGAAAUUGAUCCAGAUCUCUUGUCAAUGAAUCUUGAAAUUAUUCCAGAGGAAACUGAAGAGGAGCUAGAGCAGGAGGAAGAUGAGGAAAAGAAAUGGAGAUCUAAUUGGAUAUUUAAGGGAAGCAAUCAAAAUGACAGCAUGGGAAGACAAGUCAACAAAACCAUCCCAAGGCCAGAGAUCAGUUACAUGCCCAAGAUUGCUAGCAGGAAUAUUGAGUAUAUGUCAGAGCCUGAUCUAUUCAGUCCUUCUGACCUGGAUGGAUCUGAUGAUGAAGAGAAUACAUACUAUGCAAACACCUCUAAGGAACUGGCUAGGAUCUCCAGCCAACGAAACAAGUACAGAUCUGGCAACACAAGUGAUGACUCUGAUUUCAGUGUGAAGUUGAGAUCACCUCUGAGGCUGUAUGAUGACAAUGCUCAAGAUUUUUUAGAUGGCCCUUCAACUCGUGUAGAUGGUCCUCUAAUUGCUCCAACCAAACAGGAAUUGAAGUUCCUCCAAGAUCUCAUACCUGCAGAUAAUGACGAUCCAAAAUUUGUUGUGCCCCCUGAAAGUGUAACUAUUCAAGAAGGAGAACCUGUCAAAUUUUCCUGUAGAGUUACAGGCACACAACCCGUUGAUGUUUUCUGGUACAGAGAAGGAGAAGAAGUUGAAGAGUUUGAAGAGUCUGAGGAUGUGGAAAUCUCAAACAGUGGAGAUAAAUAUAAUAUCACACUUUACAACAUCAGUAAAGCAAUGGCUGGACAGUACAUGUGUAUUGCUUUGAAUGAAAAGGGGAAAGCCACACAAUAUCUAGUGGUCACUGUUAAAAGUAAUAAGCAUGAUUUAAAGAAACCAGAAUUUAUCAAAGGGUUAAAGGAUGUGGAAGUUACUGAAGGUCAGAGUGUUAAAUUUAGAGUCAAGGUCAAAGGUUACCCUCCUCCAAGGAUAAGCUGGUAUAAGGAUGGAACAUUGCUUAAAAGUUCAAAGACAUGUAGGCUAGAAAAAUUUGGCAAUCGGGAUUACAUCCUUACUAUUGAUUAUGCAACAAUGAAUGAUGAUGCUGAGUAUACAGUCUGUGCACGCAAUGUAGCUGGGGAGAUAAAGGCUUCAGCUCAAGUCAUUGUAGAGCCUCAGACAGACGCACCAGUUAAAAAACAAAGGCACUCAUCAAUGACAACCUCAGGGGCAUCAGACUCCGAUUCUGACAAAAUGUCCUCCAGAUCAAGUCUUUUAAAAUCUUACUUAUCAUCAGCUCCCAAAACUUCAACAGCUGCCUCAAGAAAUCUCAGUCUUGAUCAAGAAAAUCUGCUUCCUGUCAACCACCUAGACAGUAAACUAAGUUUAGCACAAAGGAAUAUUGAAGAAGAGUCUGAGAAAAUGAAGGAGGAUGCAAAAAGGGAUCAGUCAACAAAAAAUUCCAGAUUGUUCUCCCCUAGUACAUUAAACCUACUGGAGGCAGCAGAAGAAAUAAUUCAACAAGAGAAAUCAUCAUCUGACAUUACGAUUGGCAAGUUGCCAGACCAGUAUGAAUCUUUUUCAGGACACAUCACAGAUCAUUUACAGGCAGUAGUAGAUGAUUUAGGACUUCCAGACACUCUGGAUGAUUUCCCACUUUCUAGUCAUGCACCAAUACAGGAUGCACCAGUCAAAUCAACUUUAGAGUUCUCUAUUCGAAAAACGAAACCAGUUGAUGCUGUGGCAUCCUUAUCACCCAAGGAAAUCAAUCGGCCAAAAUCUGAACAUUUUACCAAAUUAUUAGUCAGCAAUGGAGACCAUUUGACCAAGUUGGUACCCAAUAAUCUCCCAAGAAGAGAUUUUAAUCAAAAUGAUACAAUAAACAUAAUCAAUACCUCCUUCGACAGCGGGAAAGGAGCAUCGCUCCAGGAUAUCUCUACCUCACUAGCAAGUUCAUUUUCUUCCAACUCUAGCUCUAGGGACAACAUAGAGUCGGACCUAGAACAGGCAAAAGCUCCUUUCACAAAACUUUCUUUCAGUAGGGACUUUGAAGUUCAACAGAACUCUGAGAAGAAAAAGUGGUCUGUGAAUUUGGAUCCCUUUUCUCCACAAGCUGAAAUUGUCAACUUACCCAAUUCUAUUAAUAAGCCUACAAUUGAGGUCAACAAUGUGGAUAUCAAUCUCACUAGCAUCAAAGGGGACAGUCAAGCAUCUUCUCCUCGCCAGUCAAUUGAUUCUGGUGUGUCUGUCAGCUCCAAGUUGGAGCGACCAGCUCCUGUUCACAUGGUUGGCCACACCAGUGAAGAUGAAGUGCCAGAAAGUAGGACAGAGUUCAACACUGAUGGAAGUAUUGAGCUUCCAUCUGUCAAUAAACUGCGAGCCAUGUUUUCCAAUGUCAAAGAAGAAGAUCUGGGUGAUGGCAAUUUCAAAAGGGGCGAGUCAGCUCAUCAAGUAAGUCAUUUCCUUGCCUCAUGUAUAGUUAACAAGGUGCAUAGUAUUACAGCUAGAAGUGUACCCAAAGAAAAACUGGAGAAGCUGCGAGCAUCAAAUCAAAAGACAGAGCUUUCAUCUUCAACUCCAAACUUGCUCUGUGUACCUGGAGAGACGCCCAAAGUUUCCUCAACUGCCACACUGAAAUUGGGCAGCUCAUCCACUUCCAUCUCAUUUCCUGUCCCACUGGCUCCAUCCACUCUUGACACUGGCAAGCAACAACCACACACAUUAACCUACAUUGAUGUGAAAGCUGACAAAGAGCCUGUGCUAAUUUACCCAGAGACUGACAUCACUGCCUCUCAGCAGCACCACCCUCACCUUCUGACUUCCAUGAAGGCAGUGAAGGCUCCACAGCCUCCAGUGAACAAUCAGGGCUCACAGCCUAAACUCCUCAUACACACUCCUGCAUCCAAAGAUGCUGAUACAGUGAAGAAAAGCACGCCCAGGAUCAAAAGUGGAUGCAUUUCUGCAAGGACAGCAUUUUGGGAGCGUAAAAUGAUUGAUGGCUCUUCUGUGAAUGACAAUGAAUUCCCUGAUAUGUUAGAGGAUGGUGAUUCAUAGACUUGUUAAAUAAAAGAGCCCCCCAUCCUCUAGAUUUUGGACCACCCUACAAAAGAAGCAACUCAUCUUAAGCAUUCCAACAAAGGAAAUUAAUUCUACUAUUGAGAGCAAUUGGGUGUGUGACAAUAUACAAAUCUUCUCUCACACCUAAAAAAAAAACAACUCCAUAAACAACAAGUGAAUUAGAUGUAAAUCUUGUUCAGAAUAUGUUGAUCAGGUGCUACUAAAUUAUUUUUCACUUAUUCUGCAAUUUCCUCUGAGCUUCUAUUACUCAAUGUAUUCCAAGGAUUAGAUUUCAAUGAUUGUUUAAUGUGUUCACUAUUUGAAAGCAAUUGGUGCAUUAGUUUUAGCAGCACUGGUUGGACUUUUAGAAAUAGCUUUAGAAUCCACAGCCCCAUUUCAUCUUAUAACUUAGAUUUAUUAAUGUAACUUUUUAUACAUAAUUUUUUAUUCAAUUGUAGUUGUCUGUUUCUAUUUUUAUAAGAUUAUGAAUGUAAAGGUUGCAUACAAAUACUUCAGUUUUGAACAAACAAUUUCAUUGUAAGAAAAUAUUUCUAUUAAGUAAAAACUUGAUUUAGGCAUUAUCAAUUAAAGGUUGAACCAUAAAUACAAUAUAAUAUGUUAUAUAAUUAAAACAUUAUAUCUCCCAUUCCAAAGAUUAACAAUAAUUGCAUCUAUUUAUUUAUAAAACUCUUUAGCGGAAAUAGUGAAAGAUGUAGUCUGUUCAAGAUAAAGAUUUUCUAGCCUUCUAGCCAAAUUAAAAUUUUUUUUUUAUACUUUGAAAAAUUAAAAAAACUAGAGUUUUCCAAGUAUGUACAGAUAGCUAGUAUUUUUUUUCCCCCAAAGAUAUACACCAAACCAAAUUUCUAGGAAAAUCAUUAGUCAUUUCAAGAUCUGUGUCCAGGUUCCACCUAGGUUUUGCCCAUGAAUGUGCAAGCUGAAUGGAGGAAUUGUAAAAAAAAAAGCUAGCGCUAACAUUUCAAAUGCUGCAUUCAUUCAGAACUAAUAUGGUUCAAUUAACAGAAAGGUACAAAAUGUGAGACAGAAGAAAUAUAGGCAAACAUUGUUCAAAUUUAAAAUGAUUGUUUUCUUGUUUUCACAAUUCUGAUCUUUUCACUAUUUAUGCCAGUGUGUAUCUUGCUACUGUGAAACAUAUUAAAUGUGAUGAAAUUUUAGAUUAAAUGCACCUAGUUUUAAUAAAAAAACAAAAAAACUUUAAUUAAAUGAAAGGUUGAUAAACGGAUGACUAGGUUUAAUAGCUAUAAGUUAAAGAUUUAAAAUAAUUGGUCGAUAAGUCCCAAACUUAGAACUUAAAGUAUAAUUUAUUUGUACAUAGCUGAAAUUUUAAAAUAAAAUAGUGUUUUUUUUUAAAGAUACAAUACUAUUAGCUACAUGUGUAGUAAUUAAAUAGUGAAAGCAAAUACUCAUUCUAAUAUAUGUGUAACAGCUAGAUCUAAUUUUAAAUACUAAUAUCUUUGAUAUAUUUCUACGAUAUUGUGUAUUUACUAAGUAUAAUAUAAAUUUUACUCCUUUUAAUGUAUUUUUAAUAAUAGUCUAUGCAUUACAAUUUUUAUCCUAUAUAAAGUAUUUUGAUUUUAAGGUGAUUUGAAUGUAAUCAGUUGAAUCAUCACACUUAAUCCAUUAUAGCCUCUAUUUAUGUUCAAAAUGUUAAGCCUUUGCACCACUAGUAAUUGUCUUUAAGAAAUUUCUCUUGGUAAAUGUUAAUAAUGAAUCAAAAUUGACUAUUCAAUAUGAUUCUAAAUGGGUAAAGGCCAAUAAACAAGCAUCAACUAAUAUGUAUUUUUCAGUGAAUUUUUUAAUAUUUGUAUGUGCUACAAAAAGCUUUUCCAAGGUUUAUGUAAUGAAACAUGUAUGGUCCAUCUCAAUGCAGAAGUUUUUAUUAAAACAAAGCAGAAUAUUUGAAUUUGGGAGAGCUAUUUAAAGGAUAGAAUGUUUUAAGUUGGUAAGAUUGAACAGAAAAAACAACAAGUUAUUUUGCAAGUCUUAAGAAUGCAGAGUUCAUGUUGUCUUGUUAGCAAAUAAAAUUAUCAUGAAAUCAUAAUACCUUUCAACAAUGUGUCAAUAAUAUUCACUUAUUUAUUUUUAUUUCUUUCAACGUUUACAUCAAGAAGUUAUAUUUAUUUUUUCUUUACUAGUUUUUUUUUUUGUUCCAAUGUUUUUAAGCUAGCUGUACACUAUUUGUUAUAAUGUUCAGGCCAUACAAUGAUGCAACUACUUAAACAUGUAUGACUGUAAAGCAAGUUUGUUCUUUUCAUCUAAAUGGAAGCCUACAAUUUAUUUUUAUGUAGCUGCAAUAUUGUAAAAAGUUAGAUGCAAUAUGUUUACUAAAAAUGUAACAUUUAACAGUAUAAUAAUAUCUGUGUGGAACAAAGAAAUAUGUUAAUUAGAUUCAAAAUGGAUAUACUUUUUAGUUUGUUGAUUGAAAGUGCCUUAUCACAUUUGAUUUCCUUGACCAUAACAACUGUGAGUUGGCAUUGUGGGAUAUCAAAUUUGAUUUCCUUGACCAUAACAACUGUGAGUUGGCAUUGUGGGAUAUCAAAUUUGAUUUACUUGACCAUAACAACUGUGAGUUGGCAUUGUGAGUUGUAAUGAAGGGCAUCGUUGAAAUGCACAAUCUCUUUGACAAAGUUUUGAAGAAAAAUCUUUAGAAGUCCACCCUGAUCUCUUCAUGAUUGUUCAACAGGCGGGAUGCAACAAUUUUGUCUACAGUUUUACUUUGAAAAUAAUCUGUUUCACCUUUUUCUCAACUCUCUAAAAAGACAUGAUUUUUGUUGUCAUAUAAAUUGAAAAUGUAAAUGAAUCAGUGGCCUGUUUUCCUGAUAAUUCAUUAACAAAGUUAAACAAUUCUUACACUAUAUCCAAUUCCAAUAGUACAAUUGCCAAAAAUGGUCUUUGAAAUUAAUGUAUGAAAAGAAUUACUAGAUUGAAAAUCACCAUACUUAGCAAUUCUAUCUUUUACACUAAGUAGUAGGGUAAUCAUCUAGAAUUUAAAUUCAUUUUAAAUAAUAAACAAACAAAAAACAACAACUUAUAAUUUACAGAUGGUGCAAAUAGAAUAAUUGUAUACAAAAAUAGAUUUAGUGAAUAGUUCUGCCAGCAGCUUGCAAUAAAAUGCAAUCGCUUCCCACGGAUGGUUGUAUAAAUGUUUUUCCAAUGUAAUUUUUAGAUCUCAAAAUCAUGUUGUAAGUGUACACCAGUUUAAAUGUAAAAGGGAAAUAAUUGACAAUAAUUAAGGCAUUACUAAAUUUAUCAUUAUUAUGUCCCAUCUUUAACUUUUUUUUUUAGAUUGUAAGAUAGAUCUCUAUAAAAAAAUUUGGUAUUUGAGUAUUAAUUUUAGUGGAAUGUUAAAACAUUUGAUUUGUCUGUUUGAGGGGUUUUAGCUGUAAGACUAAGACUGCGUUAUGGAUCCUUAUGGACAACAAACAGAAACAUACACAUACAUAGAACAGACACAACACAAAGAGUUCAUUCAGCGACUACAUGCUGGAAUGUAAUUAUCUUCAAUUUAUUAUGUAAUUUUAAAUAGAUCUGGAAAAUAAAAAUGUAUAUUUUGACCAAUCAUAUUUUAUUAGCUACCUUAUUGUUACUGUAUUUUCACUCAUAAUGAUAUAAUAAUUGUUAUUAUAUAUAUUAUAUAUAUAUAUGUUGUUUGAAAAGUUUAGGGCGCUGAAAUAUUUCACUUCAGACUCCUAAAACUAUUAUAACUAUUAUGUGGUUUAGCAGCUAAAACAUCAUUUUUAGUCAUUUCUUCAAGUGAAAUUAUGUCUGUACUUUGUAUGAUUCCAGUUGUUACAUAUCAUUGUUAUUACCACUAAAACUCUUAUCAUCUUAAAGCUUCCAUCCUGCUACUCCAUUCAGUUCUUGUUCUAGUGUAUACUUCAUUGAUAACACAGAAGCCAAAGAUAUGUAUAACUUUAAAUGGUGUACAGUGGUUAUGUACGGGGGACUGUUCAUUGUUUCUAAUUGUUGUUUUGUAUUCAGCUCCUAUUCAAUCAGGUUUGCUAUUGCAUUGUUGGAAGAAGGCAUUUGGUUUGUUUGCAUUGUAAAUACAUCAUAAUUCCAAGUACUUUGUUUCAUAAUGUUAAUAAUACCUAUGCACUAAUAUUAUAUUGAUUUCUCUUGUAAUAUAACUGAAUGUGUUAUAAAAUAAAACACUAUUUUUUCAUGAACUUGAAAUAAAUACUGAAGUGAAUAACUUUCA